GGGACUGGGCUGGAACCGCGCGUGCCGCUCGCUGGGAGCCAGCCUGCGCGUCCGGAGCCGUGACCGCAGCCGGAGCUGGCAGGGGGCUCCCGCCCGGGCACGCAGUCGCCUCCCGCGGGCCUCCGGGCCUCCCCAGCGCCCGCCUCGCCCGCCCGGCCCCAGCAGGCGCCGCAGCCGUGGCCUGGGCAGGAGCGGCCGCCCCGCUAGCUGCGCCCUGCCCGGGACGGACGCCGGACCGCCCCGUCACGUGCGCCCAAGUCCUCGGCCGGCCGGGGGCAGCGCCGUUCCCAUGGUUCAAGGCUGUUGAUGGAGAAGGGGGCGGAUGACAGCCGGGACCGUGGUCAUCACUGGGGGCAUCUUGGCGACUGUGAUUCUGCUCUGUAUCAUCGCUGUUCUGUGCUACUGCCGGCUCCAGUACUACUGCUGCAAGGAAGAGUCGGAGGAGGACGAGGAGGAGCCUGACUUCGCCGUGCACGCGAACCCGCCUCCGCUGCCCUGCGGCCGCAGCCUGGUGCUCACCAACGGGCCGGCGCUCUACCCGGCCGCCUCCACCUCCUUCAGCCAGAAGAGCCCGCAGGCCCGCACCCUCUGCCGCAGCUGCUCCCACUACGAGCCGCCCGCCUUCUUCCUGCAGGAGCCCGAGGACGAGGACGUGCGCAACGGCGGCGAGCGCGUGGCCUACCAGAGCGUCAGCCAGGAGGACGCCGAGCCGCCGCCGGGGGCCUUCGGGGGCCUGCAGGCGCUCAACCCCAACCGCCUCUCGGCCAUGCGGGAGGCCUUCUCCCGGAGCCGCAGCAUCAGCACCGACGUCUGAGCAGCCCCGCCCGCCCGACGGGCCCCCAGACCAUGGUGGGGUCCCCGGGGCGCGUCGGCCUGGCCCCGGGCCGGGACCGGGGCCCCGCCCAGCCCUCCGCGCCUCCCUGUCCCCACGGGGGCCGGUCGGGGAGCUCCGCGGCUCGCUGCAGGGAUAGGGCCCAGUGAGCACAAGGUGGCCGCCGGGGGUAGGGGGUGCGGGGCCUGGGGCUCCCAGGCGGGCGGGCACAGGUGAGCUCCCAGGUGUCAGUCCGCAGGGCAAGGCAGGGCUCUGGGGCCUCGACGCCAGGCUCCUGACGCUGAAGCUGCCGUCCAGCAGAGCUGCGGGGGGAAAGUGGCCUCCACCUCAGCCCCAGCAACUUGGCCGUCGCGGGCUGUGAGGCCGGGCCUGACCCCACCCCCCGACACACACACACACACACACACACACACACACACAGCCCCGACCCGCCGCCCCCGAGCCUCAGCCGCGAUGCCACUGGCCCGGUAGCACAAGCCCUCCCUGGCUAUUGCAGACCAAGUAUUAAGUCCCAGAACGGCGGGGGGGCGGGGAGCACCCCACCCCCACCCCCCGCGCCCUCCCGCUCACACGCACAUCCUUGGCUUCCGGUGCCAAGCCGCGGAGACGCUCUUUGGGCCUGCCUUCCUGCAGAUGUCCCGGAAGUUUCAGGGGCAACCAGGCCCUCGGGAUUCACAGUCCCAACUGGCUUUUUGGUGAAAGAGGGAGGCACAGAGGGUAGAGGCGGCCACGGGCCAACCACCUGCUGUGGGAGCACCCGCGCUGAAACAGGCACCCGGUUCCGAAGUCCAGGUGUGGUGGGGUGCACAGGGCGGGGAGCAGGACCUAACAGACCCACUUUCCCCCCAUGAGGCCUGCGACAGGCCCUCCCACCCGCUGGGCCUCAGCAUCCAGAGCCCUUCGAGCUCUGGUCCCAGGGGACACCGACCCGAACUCUCACACCCGCCCCGUUUCUCAGGAGGAUCUGGGAGCAGGGCCCCGGAUCCUGCUCUCUCUCCACGUCCGACCUCAACUGAGCCCACUCUCCUCCAAGCUCCCAGCAGGGCUGAGGUCUCCCUGGGAGCCCCUCUCUAGCUCCCUCCCUCUGCUGGGGAAGUGAUGCUCAGUGGUCACCCCAGGGAAGUGACCAGGGGCACGGGGAACGCAGCUCCCCCACCGGCCAGGGGCGAGAUCUCCUCCUGCACAGCAGGGCCCCAGAGGCAGGGUAGCUGCUGUCUGCCAGGCUCCUCGGCGAAGCCACCUUCCUAAAAGACACAGCAGCCUUUGAGGGCCCCUGAGCCGAGGACAGCCCGAGCACCUGCCUCUUGCUGAAUGCCCCAGAGCCGUCCGGACGUGAGCAGAGUUAGGGAGGGCUUACUGUUUUCAGCUUUCUCUGUUACUUUCUCCUUCCGUUCACCUCCAGCCUCAGUUGGGACACGGUAAUGGAAUCCACCCCCGGCUUCCCUGCAGCCCAAGCUCUCCUCCUUCGUGGAACCCCAUGAGUUUGUUUUGUGCAUUUGCUUGGGGGGUGGGCUGGGGUGGGGGGCGAGCACCAGGAGGCGGCACUUCCUGUGGCUGUUCUGUUCCGGUUUCCUGUUUCCUUCCCUGGUCUCUGUUCUCUGUAUAGAUUCAUAGAUCCACUUAAAAUGAGGUGAACACCCAUCCCUGUGAGUUCAUGCAGCUGCACUGUGGGGACCCGCGGGGAGCUGCGUGCUCCCCGAGAAAAGAGAAAGCCAAUAAAACUCAUCUCCAGCACCGCCA